AUGCUAGUGAGCCCUGAAUCAUUCCCUAUCCUGAUGCAAAGAUGUAACUGUAACUGUGGUUGGUUAAUAAUGCUAGUGAGCCCUGAAUCAUUCCCUAUCCUGAUGCAAAGAUGUAACUGUAACUGUGGUUGGUUAAUAAUGCUAGUGAACCCUGAAUCCUUCCCUAGCCUGAUGCAAAGAUGUAACUGUAACUGUGGUUGGUUAAUAAUACUAGUGAGCCCUGAAUCCUUCCCUAGCCUGAUGCAAAGAUGUAACUGUAACUGUGGUUAUUUAAUAAUGCUAGGGAGCCCUGAAGCUUUCCCUAGCCUGAUGCAAAGAUGUAACUGUAACUGUGAUUGGUUAAUAAUGCUAGUGAGCCCUGAAUCCUUACCUAGCCUGAUGCAAAGAUGUAGCUGUAACUGUGGUUGGUUAAUAAUGCUAGUGAGCCCUGAAUCCUUCCCAUGCCUGAUGCAAAGAUGUAGCUGUUACUGUGGUUGGUUAAUAAUGCUAGUGAGCCCUGAAUCCUUCCAUAGCCUGAUGCAAAGAUGUAACUGUAACUGUGGUUGGUUAAUAAUGCUAGUGAGCCCUGAAUCCUUCCAUAGCCUGAUGCAAAGAUGUAACUGUAACUGUGAUUGGUUAAUUAUGCUAGUGAGUCUUGAAUCCUUCCCUAGCCUGAUGCAAAGAUGUAACUGUAACUGUGGUUGGUUAAUAAUGCUAGUGAGCCCUGAAUCCUUCCAUAGCCUGAUGCAAAGAUGUAACUGUAACUGUGAUUGGUUAAUAAUGCUAGUGAGCCCUGAAUCCUUCCAUAGCCUGAUGCAAAGAUGUAACUGUAACUGUGAUUGGUUAAUUAUGCUAGUGAGUCUUGAAUCCUUCCCUAGCCUGAUGCAAAGAUGUAACUGUAACUGUGAUUGGUUAAUAAUGCUAGUGAGCCCUGAAUCCUUCCCUAGCCUGAUGCAAAGAUGUAACUGUAACUGUGGUUGGUUAAUAAUGCUAGUGAGCCCUGAAUCCUUCCAUAGCCUGAUGCAAAGAUGUAACUGUAACUGUGAUUGGUUAAUAAUGCUAGUGAGUCUUGAAUCCUUCCAUAGCCUGAUGCAAAGAUGUAACUGUAACUGUGAUUGGUUAAUAAUGCUAGUGAGCCCUGAAUCCUUCCCUAGCCUGAUGCAAAGAUGUAACUGUAACUGUGGUUGGUUAAUAAUGCUAGUGAGCCCUGAAUCAUUCCCUAGUCUGAUGCAAAGAUGUACCUGUAACUGUGAUUGGUUAAUAAUGCUAGUGAGUCUUGAAUCCUUCCCUAACCUGAUACAAAGAUGUAACUGUAACUGUGGUUGGUUAAUAAUGCUAGUGAGCCCUGAAUCUUAA